CGCACCAUUGUCAAAAUCCAAAGAAAAGGGCAAUCCAUAAACUCAGGACAAUAUAAAACCUCAGUUUUAAGAUAUUUCUCAAGAUAGUUUGUUGACUUUACAGUUAAAUAAAAACGAUUAUCUACAGUAUAGAGUCAAUUUUUUAUCAAUGUGAUUUCGUAAUUACUUUGCGCAUACAGGCGCAAAGGAUUCACCUUCAUUUUAUUACGAUGACAAAUGUGUGUCCAGGAUGAGUAAGAUGUCGAAGAAUAAAUUAAAUUUGACCCUCCCACCAGGGUCUAUUGACACUGCUCCGGCAAUUACACCGUCUAAUAUGACCCCUCAGCUGAAAUCUGCCACUGCUACUGAGCGGCAGGGUUUAGCUGGGAAAUCAAAGACAAGUAUAGAAGCUUUGACUGAAAGACUGGAGCAGAUAGAGAUGGAUGACACACAGAGGAGGCGCAUUGAAGUGUUCCUCUGUCAGAAGGAGAAGAUUGGUGAACUUAGUGAUGAUGAUUUCGAAAAAUUGGGAGAAUUAGGACAAGGUAAUGGUGGUGUAGUUAUGAAGGUUCGCCACAAAUCUACUGGUCUUAUAAUGGCGCGCAAGUUGAUCCAUUUAGAAGUGAAACCAGCUAUAAAGAAGCAAAUCAUCCGCGAGUUGAAGGUCCUGCAUGAAUGUAACUUCGCACACAUUGUGGGUUUCUAUGGUGCUUUCUAUAGUGAUGGGGAGAUUUCAAUCUGCAUGGAGUAUAUGGACGGAGGAUCCCUCGAUCUUAUAUUAAAGAAGGCGGGAAGAAUUCCUGAAUCUAUUCUAGGCACAAUAACAUCUGCGGUGCUGAAAGGGUUAAGCUACUUGCGUGACAAGCACGCCAUCAUGCACCGCGAUGUAAAACCCUCCAACAUCCUCGUGAACAGCAACGGAGAGAUCAAGAUCUGUGAUUUUGGUGUUUCCGGUCAACUUAUUGAUUCAAUGGCUAAUUCCUUCGUGGGCACCAGGAGCUACAUGUCUCCGGAGCGUCUCCAAGGGACGCACUACUCAGUUCAGUCGGACAUCUGGUCGCUGGGGCUGUCGCUGGUGGAGAUGGCUAUCGGCAUGUACCCCAUACCGCCGCCUGACGCUAAGACAUUAGCCACCAUAUUCGGAGGACAGAAUGAAGAUCAUUCCCCAGGACAGGCGCCUAAUUCCCCGCGUCCGAUGGCGAUAUUCGAGUUGUUGGACUACAUAGUGAACGAGCCGCCGCCCAAACUGCCCGCAGGAAUAUUCUCCGACGAAUUCAAGGACUUUGUCGACCGCUGCCUCAAGAAGAACCCCGACGAGAGAGCUGAUCUCAAGACCUUGAUGAGUCACGAGUGGAUCCGUGCGGCGGAGGGGGAGAAGGCGGACAUCGCGGGCUGGGUGUGCCGCACCAUGGACCUGCUGCCCGCCACGCCCAACUCUAACGUGUCUCCUUUUUCUUCAUAAGCUGCAAGAAGUGCAUACUUUCAUCAGCGAAAAAGGGUCAAAACAUUUCGCAGGAGAGAGCGGGCGAGACGAUCAGUGAGGACGCUGGCUGCGAAGAGUAGCCGGGGGCGAGCGUUGUAUGUCAGCCGCACGCAGAUCUCAACUCUAGGUACCAUUAGCAUGACCGCAGUCACCGCGACCGCAGUCACCGCGUCCGCAGUCACCGCGACCGUAGUCAACGCGACUGCAGUCACCUUAACCGCAGUGACCGCAGUGACGUCACAGCGAUCGCAGUGUCUGCAUUGACUGCAGUGACCGCAAUGACCGCAGUGGUGUCACCGCGACCACAGUGACCGCAGUGACCGCAACCGCAAUGACCGCAUACAGACCACACUCUCACGGCCUCGCGACGUUCACACUUCGACCGUCCUAAACUGUCCCACCACAAUCUACAUGAUCGUUAACACCUUCACUGCCAUACACUCGCCCGCCGAGUGCACUCAAUCUUGUGGCAUUGAAUGUGUUAAUUUACAGUGUUUUACCGCGUCCGAUGCCGUAUGUGUGUUAUUCGAUGUUUAGAUUAAUCUAAAACAAAUUUAAAAAUGUUAUUAUUUGUUCGAAUGUAUAGUCUGUUCAUGUUAGCGUGCGAUUUUAUAUAAAUAAAUGUUGUUUUUGUACUUACGUAUUUUGUUUAGUUCAGAAAAAUCUGGAACAGUUCGGAAAAGUUGAGUCAAUUUAUUUGUGUUAAAAGAAAUGUUAAAAACCUUUAGAAGAUGUCGUUUGUUUAUAUAAAACACGGUAAAGUGAACAGAUAAUAAAGUAGUUAGACGAAGAAUCAUAAUCGUAAUUGAUUGUUUGAAAUGUUAGGCUUUCUGAACCGUAUACUGGUUAUAUGGUAUAAUGAAAGCAUUGUAUUAUAAGAUUCAAACUUUACGGCGGCUCGGCGUCGCGUGCGUACUUCCGAGCCGCCGUAAAGGUGGAAUGGCAGUGUACUAUCUACAGUAGCGAGGUAUCUGCGACAUAGAGGUGUGAUACUAAAACAUAGUGCAUCUUGAGCGAAUCGAUUUGUCUUAACAAAAUAGAACAACUAUUCGAUUAAUGGUCAAGUAGAGUUGAUUUCACUAGUCGCAAGUCGAAAAAAAUGUUUGUAGUGUUUUGACAUAUUUUUUCUUUGCUGAAAGUGCGUAAUUCAUGUCAGCUGAUAAUUGUUGAUUAAAAUAUAGUUUUGAAGGCGUCCGGGCGACGGCGCGGGCGCCUCGAGCGGCGGAGCACUCCAAUGUCGCCGCGACGUCGAUAUGAGAGUGUUCCACAACUCGAAAAACUCAAACACCCUGUAAAAUAAUAUUUAAAAAUAUUAGAAUACAAGAAAACUGAAAAAAAAAAAAUUAACGCGAGCACGUAUUUUUAUAUCAUAAUGCACUUUUCCGUUUGAUUAGUUGUUUAUUCGCUUUGUUUUAGUCUCCUUUUUACCUCUUAUAUCGAGCACCUUAGUACUACGUAGAGUUUAUCACCAAGUGUUUUGCUAUUUAAUUACAUUCGCGCUAGGGGUGAGCGAUGCUGACUAUUUAACGAACUUUAGAUAUUAUUGUCAAUUUUAAUAACAAAUAAAAUCUUUAUUUUAAUUAAAAUAAUUCGUCACUAAAGUUUGUGAUGAAUUUACAUAUGCAACGAAAUGUAAUAUAAAUAAUAUCGAUGAAUCAUCGGCCAUCCCUAGUUUAGCUGCUUUGUGUGAGUGUGUCCCCGACUUUAUACGCCUGCUGUUCACAGCGGAUGUUUACAACGCUUUUUUUUGCUAAGUUUUAGGCAGAUUUAUCAAUACUUGUCCCUAACAGUAAAUUACUACUGCCGAUACAUUUGUAUAAAAAUUAAUAAUCUUCUUUCUCACUAUUUAAACAAGAAUUGAGAAAGCAAUGUAUCUCUGUAUCUCUUGUUCGGGAGUGGAAAUUUAUAGUUAACUUAGAAAUGGUUUUUGUCUAAGUUACCAAUAAUACUUAGGUCGCAUCCACACUUAAUAUCUAAUGAAAUCAAUUAAUUAUGUAAUAAUUAAAUUUGUUCUUACGUCUUAGCGACAUCUAAAUUUAUGCGUUUUGCGCAAAUUUUCGAGCCCAUAUAAAGUUUGAAUGUAACUAUACUUGUUAUGUGCGGUGUGGACGCGACCUCUGUUGCGUGUGACGUCACCGGCGUUUUCGCUUUUAAUUGCCUCGUCUUCCUAUAAUAAUGGGAUUGGGAUUGGUUAAGUGCUUGCUGUAUCCAAGUACAUGGAGUGUUUUGGCUUUUGAUGUUAGAUCGAAGCUUCGAUUCUUACUAAUGCGUAGUUUUGUAGUAUUUUUUAAAUUAUGUGAUUAAUAUUGUUGAGUUGGAACGAAAAAUCGAAUUUUAAUAUUUGAUGCGCUGACGAAGAUAUAUUACGUUGAUAAGUAGAAUUUAAUGUUGUAAGCGAUAUUUGAAGCAUUUAUAUUAGUUUAUACCUGUGGUCUUUUAUUUAGUUUAGUUUUUAUGUACUAUGAAAUAUUUAUUUUUUAUAUUCUAUUACAUUUUUAAUAACUUAAAGUACGAAGGUAUGAAAAGCAAAUCUUUUAAACUGGAUUGUCCUUUUAGAAACAUUUGUACAAAAACAAUUGCUGUCUUUGUUAUUUUCAUAGCGUAUGAAGGGGAUGAAAAAUGUUUUUCUAGAUGUUUCAUUCGAUCUGAAUAUUUUGACCUUUGAAAAAGUUUUCAGUGUUACAAGAGUUAAUUGAACAGAUUUCCUUAGUGUAAAUGUUAAAUAUACACUAAGGGGAACAAUUAUACUUUUUGCGGUACUAAUUACUAGCGAGUUUUAAUUACAAAUAUUCUUUCUAUGAAUGUCUUUUUAAUCUAAUGAUUUACUGUACAUAUUUAAAUUACUGAUAUUUUUCGAUUGCUACGUAAAUAUUUAUGUAUUGUGUCCGUAUUUUCAUAUAAGUAAUUUUAUGUAAUGAAAUUAUUACGAUUUUCAAUAUUUCGUUCUACGAAUUUUAAAUACGAAAGUCCAUACACUUACAAAAUAUGUUGCAUGGAAAACUCGAGAAGAAAAAUAAAUAUCAUAUUUGCGUAUUAAAACACCAAGUUAUUGUUAAAAAUUUUUUAUUGUUAAAACUAAUUCUUAUAUUCAUUUUCAUAAUAAAUAUAUGCACAUUUAUAGUCUACUUGUCUAGAUAAUAUUAUAAAUACUUUUAGGUGUCUAGAUAGUAAUUUUCAAUAUUUAGAAUUGUUUCCAUGUUCACAACUUUUUUCUGGGCGAUAGACAAAAAAAAACUAUAUAAUACUGUAAUUGUUAUUCAAAUUGUUGCCAUGUUCGGUAAAAUGUAAUCCUGCGUCUUAAUUAGCGAGACAUUUUUUUAUACAAAUAAAGAGAAAAAACCCAAAUGGAUCACAGAAAUGCCGCAAAAACAAUGUAUGUAAUUUUAAAUAGUUCCUGAAAUUAUAGUUUGUAGAAACUCUAUUGAGGUUUACGAAUAUAAUUUUAGAGUGAUUUUUUGUUUUAAAAAAAUAACGACUUUACGUGCGGAAAAGCAUCACUGUCACGUUCCGCUUGAACGGAGUGUGCGAGCGAGAACGCGAUACAAGCGAAAGAGAUGCACGAAGUUUCCGGCUUGUGAAGUUAACAUAAAAAUCAUAUUAACCGACAUAAUAGACAUUUAAUUUUAUUCCUAUGCCUUAAGCUUGUCCUUAUAUUGUCUAAAAUCUAAAUAGAAAUAUGUUUUAAACUAAAA